CUUUCCUCUCAGUGGAUGAUCCAGGAACCGCACAAUGUGCCACCUUCUUCGGCUGCAUUGGGAAGGAUAAGUUUGGGAAGAUCCUUAAGGAGAAGGCAGAGGAGGCCCACGUGGACGCCCACUACUACGAGCAGAGCGAAGAGCCCACGGGGACGUGCGCUGCCUGCAUCACUGGCGACAAACAGGUCUCUUGUUGCAAAUCUUGCAGCUGCUAAUUGCUACAAGAAAGAGAAACACCUCGAUCUGGAGGAGAACUGGAAACUUGUUGAGAAAGCCCAAGUUUACUACAUCGCUGGGUUCUUCCUGACUGUAUCCUUGGAGUCGAUCCUGAAAGUGGCCAAACACGCUUCGGAAAACAACAAGAUCUUCUGCAUAAAUCUGUCAGCUCCAUUCAUCUGUGAGUUCUUCAAGGAGGCCCUGAUGAAGGUUAUGCCCUAUGUGGACAUCCUUUUUGGCAACGAGACGGAGGCCGCCGUGUUUGCACAAGAGCAAGGCUUUGAGGUGAGUGGAUGGAGGAUCACACCCUAAACAGAUCCUAA